AUGUGUGAUGCUAGUGACUUUGCAGUUGGAGCAGUUCUAGGACAAAGUCAAGACAAACUGUUUAGGGCCAUACAUUAUGCAAGCCAAACAUUGAAUGAUGCUCGAUUAAAUUAUACAACAACUGAGAAGGAGAUGCUUACUGUGGUGUUCUUUUGUGAUAAAUUUCAGUCUUACCUUAUUGGUACAAAGGUGAUAGUGUUCACUGAUCAUGCAACACUUCGCUAUUUGUUUGACAAGAAGGAUGUCAAGCCUAGGUUGAUUCGCUGGAUCCUACUUCUGCAAGAAUUUGACUUGGAGAAGAAGAGAUGCAAGCCAUUCUUCAUCUUUGCCAUUCCUCAUCAUAUGGAGGACACUUUGGAGCAACAUGUACAGCAGCUAAGUUACACUUUGGUGAAAACUUGUGGCCGGUGCCAACGUAUGGGAAAUAUUUCAAGACGUCAGGAGCUACCAUUGAAAAACAUCUUAGAGGUUAAGUUGUUUGACGUGUGGGGAAUAGAUGUUAUGGGUCCUUUCCCUCCUUCUUUUGGCUAUGUUUAUAUCUUUUUAGCAGUUGAUUAUGUGUCAAAGUGGGUGAAAUCGAUUGCUACAACAACAAAUGAUGCAAAGCAAAAGAUGGAACUUGGCUACCAUCCUCAAGCGAAUGGCCAAGCUGAAAUUUCAAAUCGAGAAAUCAAGAACAUCCUUGGGAAGACGGUCAACUCCCCUAAAAAGGAUUGGGCAAAGAAGCUUGAUGAUGCUUUGUGGGCAUACCGCAUUGCUUUUAAAACACCUAUUGGGAUAUCCCCUUACCGAUUAGUGUUUGAAAAAGUGUGCCAUCUCCUAGUGGAAUUGGAGCACAAAGCCUAUUGGGCUGUAAAGAAACUUAAUUUUGAUUUGAAGGCAUUUGUGGAAAACCGACUUCUUCAAUUAAAUGAGAUGGAUGAGUUCAAGAAUGAUGAGAUGGACCCAAGAAGUAGUGGCAUGAAUGCUGAGGAGGAUAGGCCAGGACCUUCCAGCAUAGGUGGAGGUGAUAUAGAUGUUGUGCUGCGCAGCGUCACUCGACAGGUGAUGGCUGAGAUGGCCAGGAGCUCUGGGGAGCGUGGUUGUUUGAUCGAAUAG